AUGGAUCAAAAUAAUUAAAAAGAGGUGAACUUAAAUUCGAAAAGUCUAGUGGAAUUGCCAAUAAUAUUAUCAGUAAGGGUUUUAAAUUUAAGUAAUAAUAAUAUAAGGUUGAUUCCAAAUCAAAUAGUAGAGAUGUAAUAGUUGGAAAUAUUAAUAUUAAACCAUAAUUAGAUAAGUGUGUUUCCUAAGGUAUAGUUGUAGAGAUUACAUACAUUAGAGAUAGGAAAUAAUUAAUUAAAAUCGACAGACUUUUCAAAAUUAAGUUUGAUGAGUUUGGACAUUUAACAAAACCCAUUUGAGAUUUAUUUACAUAAUUAUUCAAUAAAAUAGUUGAAUAUGAGUUGGUUUUAAUUAAUUGAUAUGGAUAAUAGACAAUAAAACUUACAGAGAAGUUCAGUAGGAUAAUUGUUAAGAAAUCAUAAAGAAUUCAAUUUUACUCAUUUUGUGAAUGUAUUUGCAUCAUUUACAAAUACAGUAUUAAUAAAAGCAAUUUAAUAUGAUGAAAGGAGUGUGAUACCAUAAAUUUGUACAUUUCAUCCUGAAUGUUUGAUGAGAAUGUAUCAUCCAUAGCCAAUAAUAUUGGCAGCCAAAUUAAAUAUAAAGUAUAUGUAGUAGAAUAAUAGAUAGAAUAUUUAAGAUUUUAUUAGAUUACAUAGAUCCAUGUUCAAAAUUAGUGAGAUUUAUAUUAUUAUGGGCAUGUAGUAAAUUAGAAGUGGAAGUAGUGGAAUGUAUGAUAGAGAAAUAAAUAUUUGGAGUUUGGGAAGAGAAAAUGUUGGUGAUUAGUUAAAAUAUAGGAACUCCAAUGAAAGGUGUGAAUGGAGAUACACCAUUACAUUUUGUGUUGAGAAAACAUUGUCGAAAUCAAAAUGAAUACGAAAAUCAAUCUAGACUGAUUAAAGUGUUGAUGAGAUACUAAAAUCCUAAUUAAAAGAAUAGUUUAAAAGUCGCACCUAUCCAUGAGAUAUUAUAGGUGCCAUCAAUUCGAGUAAGAUCAAGUAUUUUAAACAGAGUUUCUAAUCAUGCAGUGAGGAGUACUUUGAUUACAACAAGAAAAUGGGAUUACAAAAGAAUUCCUUAAUGCACCAAGCUACAUCUCUAGGAUAUGUCUAGGCUUUUUAAUAUCUUAGUGGUAAAGUCAAUAUUUUUAGUCUUAAUAAAUAAAAUAAGACUCCAAAAUAAAAGUGUUCACCAUCUGUUCUCAUUCUAAAGUACACUAGGAAAUUAGAAUUAUAAGAAUUAAUUGCAAAACUCAUUUAAGUUUAAUAACACUUAUCUGUUUCUAUUAGGAACUUUCAUGCUGAUUUUCAUAUUUAAAUUAAUGGAGAAGAUGAUCUAUAUUAAUUAUUCUUCCAAGAUAUGAUACUCUCCGAUAAACUAAUUGUAGUCAUACUUCUAAAUAUGUUACAAUUUAAAUAACUUUACAAUCUUAAAUUUACAUCUUAAAGAAUUAUUAAACCUAUCUAAUAUAUUAAUAAUUGUUAAUACACAUUUAAACCAGAUAUCAAACAAUUUAAAUCCCAUCUUUCUAAUUAAUUAGCAGCUAAUAAACUUAUCAUUUCUAAUCCUAUCAAAUAAUAAGAACUUAUCAUUAAAAAUCCUAAUAAAUCAGCCACCAUCUCCCUAGAUUCAAUUGUUGAUACUAGUGAAUAAUUAUAUGAUUCUUUGACACUUUAUUCAAUGAUAGGUAUCAAUGGAGAUCUAUCUAAUCGUACUGUUCUUCUAGAUUAUGAAGAUUUUUAGUAGAAAACUUUUCGAAAGACAUCUUUUAAAUAGAAAAUCAAUAAAAAUUAUUUCACAGGUCGAUAACAGAGUCCUCUACCAAUUAGAUAUAACUAUGAUAAUUUUAUAACUUAUAGAAAGAUUAAAUCUAAUCUUAAAGAAAGUAGAGAAUAUAGUCAUAGUGCUAAUCAAAUUGAAAGAAAAAGAAUUCUAUGA